CCCACAUAUUAUCAUUAUUAAACUACAAUUGAACAGUAUAGUAUCCCGUGUGGUGUAGUUGUCAAGGGGACAGUUUCUUCCUGGUGUUUUCGACAGUUGUGAAUGGCUGUUGGAUGCCAACGUUUCUUUGCUGACAGUGUCAAGCUGAAAACGCGUAGCCAUUUGCAAGACAGCUUUCAUGACCAGCUCCUUGAGGACAGUCGGUUCCUCCGGGCAGACUGUCGCCUCGACACAGAACUAGUAGAUAAACUCAUCCUGCAGUUAAACAGGAUCUACCCUCAGAUUCUCACAGACAAGGAGGCCACCAAAUUCAGGGACCUUGACGUGCCCACCUGUGUCCGAUUGGGUGAGCUCCUGGCUCACCUACAAGGGAAAGGAGAAGAAGCCUGCCGGGAGUUUUACCGGGCACUUCACCUGCAUGUGGAGGAUGUUUACUUCAGUUUACCAACGCGCCUCCGCCUCAAAAAUUCUAUAGACCCGUUGACUAAUGCGACCCCUCCCACCCAGCAGAGAUACCUGCUGAAUGACAGAGGGCCUCUGUUCUUCCUGAGUUGUUUCAGUGCUGCUGUGGGUGUGGCUUUAAUGUAUUACUAUGGUGAGGCCAGAGUUACGGUGGGCAGCAGGGCUCUUAGUAUGGCUUCCCUUGGACUGGGGAGACGAGCUCGGGAAGUUCUCGUAUGGUACACUGAAGACCCCAUCAGGAAGUAGUGUGUCCGUCUACACUACCGCAACAAAACACUCCAGAGGUGCUUCCGGACAUCCAUACCACAGCAAUACCAUUUUCACGCCCAUGCCGUGCCGAACUAAAGUGUCCUGGUUCCUGUGACUAAGGUUAAUGCAUUACUCCUGCUCAAUAGGCCAGGUCAGUACAGUUUGUUCGUUUCUGUUUGCCUCAGUAGUUUGAAUGCCCUUAUAGUGCAAGUCCACUCAUUUGAACAUGUGGUCUUGUUUUCAAUGCUUCUCGUUGAUCCCGGAAAGGCAUUCUUAUAUUUUAUUGUGUUACAGGGAAUAUUUGGUGUCAUGUUGACAAGUUGAGUUAAUAGCAUGCAGAAUUAAAAUUUGUCAAAACCAACUCCUAUUAAAUUAGUGUACAUGUGUCUGAACUGAUGCAAGGGCCAUGCUUAUAGGACAAACCAAUGUUUUAUGUAAUGAAAAACCCAUUAACCACCUAUACACACAGAAAGUCUCAAAAUAAUGUUAAAAUGACUCAUGUAAAAAUGGGUGAAUUUGGCUUCAGGAUCACACGACUCUUGUAUGGCUUCAGGAUCGCACUUUCUCUGACAAUUUUCCAUACAGCACUAUUUUUUUUAUGGACUUCUAUUUUCCUAAUAAUGACUAGAUAUUAGUCAGGAUGGUUCUUCCCUGAUGAAAGGGACUGUUGUCAAACGCAUGUAAAGCCUGUUACUGAAUGGCACCAGAGGUUCUGUCUGCUUUUACAGAAUACCCAGAGAGCCAAAGCACUCUAAACUGUUAACCACAGACUGCAUUGUUUUACUUAGUGUAUUUACUACAGAAAACAUAAAAUGCCAAAGGGGGGUAUUUAUAGGCUGGAAUGUCUAGGGUGUUUACUUCAUUUAUUAAAGAAAACUAGCAAAGCACUACACUUAUUGUAAUUUGUUUACAGACCUCAUUACUGUCGUCUUGGGGGCCUGUAUGGGGGGGGGGGGGGUGAAUGUAAUAUCAUGUUGUUUGUCCAGUGUUUGUGUUGGGUUAAGUGUCUACCAAAUAAUGUGCCUUUUAAAUUACAGGAAUCCGAGUGUGCUAUGGUAGAAGCUCUAUAGCUAGCUAGGUAAGCUAGCUGUCGGAGGGAUGUGUUAACUAGAACUAGAGUAUCACAGUAUCACCUGGAGUUUCUGUCUUUUAUUUUGAACAAAAUGUAUUAACUUUCAAUAUUCUUUUAUUUUCUCACUACACAGUCAAUGCAAAGUAAUACCUUUCUGGUCUCAACCAUUUUGUUUAAAUGCAGAAUCUACUUCUCACUUUUCUCAAAUGUUAUUAAGUGGUUCCAAUGAUUGUUAACUGACAUCUAUGUUAACAGAUUUUUCUUGUUUGGGAGGAUAAAUAUUGUUUAUGGGGAAAAUAGAUGAAAAGGGUUAUGCAGUUUUAUAUAAGGGUACACUCUCCAAAUAUAUACAAAUACCUGAUGUAUACAAUUGAUUGUGAUGACAACACUGUAGGUUGCCAACUCUCACACAUUGACCACAAGACACACAGAAUUGAACGUUUUCACAUGCUCUCACGCCUAUUUACUCACCCAGUGAGAUGUUUAAGUAUUCAGUUGUCUAAAUGUCUAUCCAAAGUGUUGUUAACCACUAAGGGAUGGAUCCUAACCUCCACAUAGAAUUCAUUGAAAUCCUUACAAAUUCUACUUCAUUUGUUGUCAGGAUUCACCAGGAAGAGUUUUUGUUGCUUAACCGACUCACAAGUGCCAUCACUAUGAAUUAUAUUCAGUGUAAUUGUAUGAUUUUUCACUGUGUCUUGUUUUUGGCUUUCACUGUGUACUGUAUGCAUGGAUAAUAAAAAGAAAAGAAUA